AUUUCUGUGUCACACAGGAAGCAGCGCGGAUAUGAUUUGAUGCGGCGCAAGCUCCUCUUCCGGUCUCUUUUCCCUUAGCCACUGGACGAAAAUGACGAAGGGAACAUCAUCUUUCGGUAAGCGCCGGAACAAGACGCACACCCUGUGCCGUCGUUGUGGGUCCAAGGCCUACCACCUGCAGAAGUCCUCUUGUGGCAAGUGUGGCUAUCCCGAGAAGCGCAAGAGAAAGUACAAUUGGAGCGCUAAGGCCAAGAGGAGGAACACCACUGGAACCGGCCGCCUGAGACACAUGAAGGUUGUCUACCGCAGAUUCAGGAAUGGUUUCAGGGAAGGCACCACCCCCAAACCCAGGCGUGCUGCAGUGGCUGCCUCCAGCUCAUCCUAAAAGACACAUUUUUUAUUGAAUAAAUGUGAUGUUAAACAGGAGUUUCAGUCUUGUCUCCAUCUUUUAAGCAUUGUUGUCGGGCCAGUGAAAGCAAAAGACGGGUGCCAUAAUUGAUAUUAGCAGAUUAAAUAUACACAAGGUGUAAUGAAUUUAUUUCCACUUGAUUAAUUUGUGCAAAUCUCUCUAAAAAGUU